UUUCCAAAAAAAAGCUGAGAUGUGAAUACGGAUGCUAUUAAAAAAAACAAGUCCAGAUCCUACUCUCUUCUACAUGCUGUGUUUCUCUUCACCAAUACCCUCUUCACCUGUAACUGGUUAGAGAUCUCUCGGCAAACACAUGGAAUUUUUCAAAGAUCGACGCACUCAUAUAACAAUCACAGUCUGCCUUUUGUCCUUCUGUUUACUCUAUGUAUUCCUAACCCCCUACAUCGGUUUCACGCCACUCUUUUCAUUACCAUAUCAACCAUGUACACUCUCUAAGACGUGCAACGUGACCAGCAACAAAGAUGCACUCGAAGCUGCUUUAUCUGAGGCUUCAAUGGAGAACAAGACCAUAGUAAUCGCUAUUGUCAACAAGGCUUAUGUAGAAGGCGAUAAGCCAAUGCUAGAUUUGUUUUUGGAUAGUUUUUGGCUUGGGGAAGAUACACGAAAAUUGGUUGAUCACCUUCUACUUGUUGCGGUCGAUGAGACAUCGUUUGAACGGUGCAAAUUUCUUCGGCUUCAUUGCUAUAGGCUCCAAAUGGACGAUGGGGUAGACUCCAAUGGUGAGAAGGUUUACAUGUCUGAUAGUUUUAUCAAGAUGAUGUGGAGGAGAACCCUGUUUCUUGGAGAAGUACUAAAGCGAGACUACAGCUUUGUUUUCACGGACACUGAUGUAAUGUGGUUAAGGAACCCAUUUCCAAUGCUAAGCCAAAAUGAAAGAAUAGAUCUUCAAAUCAGCACCGAUAACUUCAAUGGCAACGAAUGGUCUGAAGACAAUCCCAUCAACACUGGCUUCUACUUUAUCAGAUCCAACAACAAGACCAUGUCAUUGUUUGAUGCAUGGUACGCCAUGAAAAAUAACUCUGUGGGACUAAAGGAGCAAGAUGUUUUAUUAAACAUGAUGCAUGAAGGCGUGUUUAAAGAGCUAGGCCUUACCGUGAGGUUCUUGGACACAAACUAUUUCAGUGGGUUCUGCAAAGAUAGCGAAGACUUUAAAGCUGUUCGAACCGUUCAUGCCAAUUGCUGUCGUACUAUUAGUGCUAAGCUGACGGAUCUGAUGGCUGUUAUUCACGAUUGGGAGAGAUACAAGAGGGCAUCUACCAAUGAGAGUUUAUCCACUGCAUGGUCAAACCACGUGGCAUGUUCUGAUUCAUGGAAAAGUUAAUAUUUAAAUUUCCCUUUUUUUUUUUUUUUUUCUUCUUUAUAGUUAGAUAGUUACGAUAGGAUGAUGGAUUUGAACCAAGACCAGGACAGACCCAGAAGGAUCGAGGGUGAAAGGGGCAAUUUCUCUUUGGUCCCACUCAAAUUUCCUUACCCUAUAUACAUAUGUUCAUGAAUUUUCCCUUUAAUAUAUGCCUUUGACCCCACCUAAUAAUUUGUUAUUGAAUUUGUGGGGCCCAAUAAUUCACGGACCAAGCCCAUUUGUCCUUAGAGAGUCCAAAGGCCCGAGCCGAGGAGAACUAUGGCCCAAGCUCUACAAUGCAGAGCACCAAACAUCUUUGUGGUGCAGCCGAGGACAACUCAGUCCUCGGCAGAUCCAAAACCUCACCAAAAGAAGAAGGAUAAAACCGGUAUAGGGCCAAGCUUUAAAGAGAAUCAAAGAAUAUCCGGGAAAGCUGCUCUCAUUGCCAUUCAAUGCGCUGCCCCUGACAGAGCCGUACUUUUUAGCUUUAUCGAACCAUCCCCAGCAAUUUCGGGAUUGGACUGAUGGGACAAAUGUCAGUUUUUGUAAAGAUUGACCCUACACGUGGA